UAUCCCAAGUUCCCAUUCCCAACGUACCAAACACAAACAUAAUCCACAUCAACCAAAAGACGAUCGAGUCGCCUAACCCCAGGAUACCAACCACCAGAUUCCACCACCGGCACCAUCUCCCAACAAAUCGUUGUCGGAUAGCUGCCAGCGCCAUUCGAUCCAUGGCGUCAAACCAUGAUCUGGCCACUAGCCAGUAGCCACCAGUCCAUGGAGUUGCGGUCUUCUUUUUUGUUUUAAAAGAUUUUUGAAAAUGUGUUUCAUUCAUUUUGCUUUUAGAAGCCAAUUAUGUAUGACAAAAGUGGGAUUCCUGGAGUUGCGGAACGAAACUGACCAUCUCAUCUCGAUAAUAUCAUAAGCCUAUUCUCCAACACAAUUAACCACUUCUGAUAAUUUCUCCAUGAUCUUCUAGGGUUCGAAACAGUACGUAAAGAAAAGAAAACGGAGGAUAAAUGAGAAUGAAACCAAGACAACAGCAGCUUCCAUGGAGAAUGGGCAGAAUGGAGAAGCACUGGAUCCAUUGGACAAGUCCCUUUUCGGCCCCUCAUUGAAUAAAAAGAUCAUGCUUGUGUGUGGUGCGCGCCUUCUUCUCUGAAAACCGAGCAAAAGUAUUGGAACUUGGAAGGAGAAUGUCCCAUUGUGGAAUCGUCCCUGUAAAAGUAUACCAUUUCAUGCACAAUGUAAAUGGUAUGUGCACAACGAGAACUCUUAUGUUAAGAAUUAUUGACGACAUAAGUAGUUAUGAAAUUGCUGUGUUUCAAACUAUAUAUGCUCACGAUGAGGGUUUCAUGACAUUCUCAACAACCAAGUAUCGAGAUAUUAUUUACAAGGCUAGAGAUAUUCUUGAACUUCUGUAUGUCAUAAAUUUCAAUUAAGGCAUAGGUACAAAUGACAGAUCCUAUUUUACUGUUAUUAUGGUCUUGAAAUUCUGUCAUCAACUUCUGAUUUGAGUGCACGACGUUUUGAUUUCAGGCAUUAGAAGUACUGAAUGACAAUCUGAAACAUGAUACCAUCAAGACUAGAUAUUAUAAUGGGGCUUGGCUCAAAACAUAAGAUCGAAAAGCUGGGUAGAUAUAUAUAUAUAUAUACUGUGUUUCUUAUAUCUAUGUUUUAGAAAUGGUAGAAUCCACAAAUUUGCAGAUUCGUUUACCAAAUAUUGUGACUGCUCAUGUUCUUUAUAAAUAAAUGAUGUCUAGAUGAAGGUGAUAAGUGAUUCACUGCCACAUCAUUGGUGAGCAAAGUUUUGUGAAUGUAGCAUAACGUUUUAUCUUCAGCAUUUGACCUGAGGAAGCCAUAGACUAGAGAUUUUUUUUUUAUUUAAUUAAGGAGAAGGCAUAGACUGGUCAAUAUAUGCUACUUUGGAGUAUAUUGGUUGAUUCGGGUCGGGUCGGGUCGGGUCAACAAGAAACGAGUCCCCAAGGUGUUUUGGCGGGCGAAGUACUGUAACUCUUUUCCCGCUCAUCUUCAUCGCCAGAAGCUGAUUCAACUUGGAUGUGGGACCCACUUCCUAUUGGGACCCACCUAUUGGCCCCCCUAAAAUUUGAUCAAACACAGUAACACCAGUUUCGCUCUAGCACCACCACAGCAAGAAGCCAUGGCUGCUGCAGCUCUCUCCAAGCUCCUCUCCUCCCUCCUCCUUCAGCCACCACCACCACCACAACAAGAGCUCACUCUUCCGCCACGUGUCCCUCUUCCUAAACCCUCGCCACCAUCCCCUCUCGUUGCCAGCUGGGCCCCAUCGGCGGAAAAUGUAGCCUUUCCGUCGCUGGCCAACUCAAACGUGCUCUUCUUCAGCUCGGCCAGCUUCAACUCCCAGGUGACGGUCCAAGAGAACGAGCCGGAGGAGUGGCUCCUCAACCGGUUCAGGAGGGAGGUCAUCAGGGCCGGCGUGUUCCGGGAGUGCAAGAAGAGGAGGUUUUUCGAGAACAACCAGGACAAGAAGAAGAGAAGGGGCGCCAUCUCCAAGAAAAAGAAGAAGAGAAAGGCUAGGCAGGCUGCUAGAAGGAACAAGAACAACCCCCAAAGGUCUCCACAAUCAAGAUAUCGAAAUCAGUUCAAACAGCAAAAACCUGAGAAGAAGGACAAUGAACCCAAGAGGAAUGAGGACAGUGACAAUGAUGAUAACUGGGACUUCUAUGAAGUAGACCUUCCUUAUAAUUGAUAUGAGAUGAUCUUUAGCAUUCAUCUCUAGUAGUACUAACGAAGGAACCAGUGCAGCCUAACUGAAAAUUCCACAUGUCACAAUUUUUAUAGUUAUAUACUCACGGUGACUGUAAUCUAAUAGGCUUGACAGAAUUUGCUUCCAUUGGAUCUAAAUUCUAAUUUGAGGAGGACAUCAAAUUUAACUGAUGAAGGCGAAG